AUGUGGUCCACGAACUACGACGUCGUCAUCGUCGGCGCUGGCGUCGCCGGCUCUGCGCUAGCACACGCGCUCAGCACCUCUGCAUCGUCCUCGACCCGCAAGCCCCUCCACAUCGCGCUGCUCGAGCGCUCGCUCUCCGAGCCGAACCGCAUCGUCGGCGAGCUGCUCCAGCCAGGCGGUGUCAUGGCCUUGCGCGCGCUCGGCAUGGAGGACUGUCUGGACGGCAUUGACGCGGUCCCUGUGCAUGGCUACUGCGUGGCGAAGGAUGGUGCAGCGGUCCACAUCCCCUAUCCCGACACGUACGAGGGGCGCAGCUUUCACCACGGCAAAUUCAUCAUGAAGCUGCGUGAGAAGGCGCUCAACGCGCCCGGUGUGGACGUCGUCGAGGCGAUCGCGUCCGAGCUCAUCGAGUGUCCGUUCACGGGCAGGGUUCUGGGGAUCAAAGCGACGCGGAAAGGUCAGGAGGAGAAAGAGACGUUCUUUGCAGACCUCGUGGUCAUUGCAGACGGGUGCUUUUCGAACUUCCGCUCGACGGUUCUAGGGGAGGGCACCGUAGCGGCGACGAAGAGCUAUUUUGUCGGUUUGGUGUUGGAGGACGCGACCCUCCCGAUUCCGAAGCAUGGGACGGUUGCUCUUGUGAAGGGACACGGGCCUGUGCUGCUAUACCAGAUAGGAACGCAUGAUACCCGGUUGUUGGUAGACGUCAAGACGCCCUUCCCCUCAGAUCUCAAAAAAUACAUCCUCGACGAGAUCGUCCCGCAGCUCCCCGCGUCUCUCCACCUGCCCAUUCAAACCGCGCUCGAGACCGAACGACUUCGUCGCAUGCCAAAUUCCUUCCUCCCCUCAGCCGAGCAGGGCGGGCGCCGAACAAAGGAGGGUGCGAUCCUUCUCGGGGACUCAUGGAACAUGCGGCACCCGCUCACGGGCGGCGGCAUGACCGUCGCAUUCAACGACGUCGUGCUGCUAUCGCGCCUGCUCCUGGACAUCCCUGACCUCGCGGACUGGGACGUCGUCUCGCGCGCGCUGCACAAGUGGCACUGGGCACGCAAGCCGCUCUCGUCGACGGUCAACAUCCUCAGCGUCGCAUUGUACGACCUGUUCGGUGCUGACGAUGAAUACCUAUCGGUGCUCCGGACGGGUUGCUUCAAAUACUUCGAGCUCGGCGGGGAGUGCAUUCAUGGCCCUGUAACGCUGCUUUCUGGCAUUGCGCAGGACCCGGUGUUGCUAUUCAGACACUUCUUCAGUGUCGCAUUAUAUUCUAUCUGGGUGAUGUUCACACACCCUCGUCCCAUAACAUCUCCGGGUUCAGAGAAGCCCAUAAUGGCCACUCCCGGACUCGAUGAAUAUCCUGUGCUUGUCGUCAAGGCGUUCUUCGUGCUCUGGACGGCGUGCGUGGUAUUUAGUCCAUUGUUGUGGACCGAGUUGCGGUGGUGGUAG